CAGCCGGGGCCGCGCCGCCUCCGCCGAGCCGCCCGCCGGGCCGCCCGCGCCGCCCGGGCCCCGCGGCUGCCGCAGCAUUCCCGGGAAGGACAGAAUGACCGAGAACAUGAAGGAGUGCUUGGCCCAGACCAAUGCAGCCGUGGGGGAUAUGGUGACGGUGGUGAAGACGGAGGUCUGCUCACCACUCCGAGACCAGGAGUAUGGCCAGCCCUGCUCUAGGAGACCGGACUCCUCGGCCAUGGAAGUUGAGCCCAAGAAACUGAAGGGGAAGCGUGACCUCAUCAUGCCUAAAAGCUUCCAGCAAGUGGACUUCUGGUUCUGUGAGUCCUGCCAGGAGUACUUCGUGGAUGAAUGCCCGAACCAUGGCCCCCCAGUGUUUGUGUCUGACACACCGGUGCCCGUGGGCAUCCCAGACCGGGCAGCGCUCACCAUCCCACAGGGCAUGGAGGUGGUCAAGGACACUAGCGGAGAGAGUGACGUGCGAUGUAUCAACGAGGUCAUCCCCAAGGGCCACAUCUUUGGCCCCUACGAGGGGCAGAUCUCCACCCAGGACAAAUCAGCUGGCUUCUUCUCCUGGCUGAUUGUGGACAAGAACAACCGCUAUAAGUCCAUAGAUGGCUCAGACGAGACCAAAGCCAACUGGAUGAGGUACGUGGUCAUCUCUCGGGAGGAGAGGGAGCAGAACCUGCUGGCGUUCCAGCACAGUGAGCGCAUCUACUUCCGGGCAUGCAGGGACAUCCGGCCUGGGGAGUGGCUGCGGGUCUGGUACAGCGAGGACUACAUGAAGCGCCUGCACAGCAUGUCCCAGGAAACCAUCCACCGCAACCUGGCCAGAGGAGAGAAGAGGUUGCAGAGGGAGAAGUCUGAGCAGGCUCUGGAUAACCCAGAAGACCUGAGGGGUCCCAUUCAUCUCCCUGUGCUGAGACAGGGCAAAAGUCCCUACAAGCGUGGCUUUGAUGAGGGGGAUGUACACCCCCAAGCCAAGAAGAAGAAAAUUGACCUGAUUUUCAAGGAUGUUCUGGAGGCCUCACUGGAAUCUGCAAAGGUGGAAGCCCACCAGUUGGCCCUGAGCACCUCACUGGUCAUCAGGAAAGUCCCCAAGUACCAGGAUGAUGCCUACAGUCAGUGUGCAACAACCAUGACCCAUGGUGUGCAGAAUAUAGGCCGGACCCAGGGGGAGGGGGACUGGAAGGUCCCCCAGGGGGUCUCCAAGGAGCCAGGCCAAUUGGAGGAUGAAGAAGAGGAGCCUUCAUCAUUCAAGGCUGACAGUCCUGCCGAGGCCUCCCUUGCAUCUGACCCUCAUGAACUUCCCACCACCUCUUUUUGCCCUAACUGUAUUCGCCUGAAGAAGAAGGUUCGGGAGCUUCAGGCAGAAUUAGACAUGCUGAAGUCUGGGAAACUUCCUGAGCCCCCCGUAUUGCCACCACAGGUACUGGAGCUCCCAGAGUUCUCGGACCCUGCAGCCUCAGAGAGCAUGGUCUCCGGCCCUGCCAUCAUGGAGGACGAUGACCAGGAAGUCGAUUCAGCAGAUGAAUCUGUCUCCAACGAUAUGAUGACUGCGACGGAUGAGCCCUCCAAGAUGUCAUCAGCCACCGGGCGCCGAAUCCGGCGUUUUAAGCAGGAAUGGCUGAAGAAGUUCUGGUUCCUGCGGUACUCCCCGACCCUCAAUGAGAUGUGGUGCCAUGUCUGCCGCCAGUACACGGUGCAGUCCUCACGCACCUCAGCCUUCAUCAUCGGCUCCAAACAGUUUAAGAUUCACACCAUCAAACUGCACAGCCAGAGCAACCUGCACAAGAAGUGCCUGCAGCUGUACAAGCUCCGCAUGCACCCGGAGAAGACAGAGGAGAUGUGUCGCAACAUGACCCUGCUCUUCAACACCGCCUACCACCUGGCCCUGGAGGGCAGGCCCUACCUGGACUUCCGGCCCCUGGCAGAGCUGCUGAGGAAGUGUGAGCUCAAGGUGGUGGACCAGUACAUGAACGAGGGAGACUGCCAGAUCCUCAUCCAUCACAUCGCCCGGGCCCUGCGGGAAGACCUGGUGGAGCGCAUCCGCCAGUCACCUUGCCUCAGCAUCAUCCUGGAUGGGCAGAGUGAUGAUCUGCUGGCUGACACAGUGGCUGUCUAUGUUCAGUACACCAGCAGCGACGGGCCCCCGGCCACAGAGUUCCUGUCCCUGCAGGAGCUGGGGUUCUCUAGCACAGAAAGCUAUCUCCAGGCACUUGACCGGGCCUUCUCGGCCUUGGGCAUCCGGUUGCAGGAUGAAAAGCCAACAGUUGGCUUGGGUGUAGAUGGAGCCAACAUCACAGCCAGCCUCCGUGCCAGCAUGUUCAUGACCAUCCGCAAGACGCUGCCCUGGCUGCUGUGCCUGCCCUUCAUGGUUCACCGGCCCCACCUGGAGAUCCUGGAUGCCAUCAGCGGGAAGGAGCUCCCGUGCCUGGAGGAGCUGGAGAACAACCUGAAGCAGCUGCUGAGCUUCUACCGCUACUCGCCACGCCUCAUGUGCGAGCUGCGGUCCACGGCAGCCACCCUCUGUGAGGAGACGGAGUUCCUGGGGGAUAUCCGCGCAGUGCGCUGGAUCAUCGGUGAGCAGAACGUCCUCAACGCCCUCAUCAAGGACUACCUGGAGGUGGUGGCCCAUCUCAAGGAGGUCAGCAGCCAGACCCAGCGGGCGGAUGCCUCGGCCAUCGCACUGGCCCUGCUGCAGUUCCUCAUGGACUACCAGUCCAUCAAGCUCAUCUACUUCCUGCUGGACGUGAUCGCUGUGCUCUCGCGCCUGGCCUACAUCUUCCAGGGCGAGUACCUGCUGGUGUCCCAGGUGGAUGACAAGAUCGAGGAGGCCAUCCAGGAGAUCAGCCGGCUGGCUGACUCUCCUGGAGAGUACCUGCAGGAGUUCGAGGAGAACUUCCGAGAGAGCUUCAAUGGGAUCGCCAUGAAGAAUCUCAGGGUGGCUGAAGCCAAGUUCCAGUCCAUCAGGGAGAAGAUCUGCCAGAAGACCCAGGUCAUCCUGGCUCAGAGGUUUGACUCCCGCAGCCGGAUCUUUGUGAAGGCCUGCCAGGUGUUCGACCUGGCUGCCUGGCCCAGGAGCAGUGAGGAGCUGAUGAGCUUUGGCAAGGAGGAUAUGGUGCAAAUAUUUGAUCACCUGGAGGCCAUCCCGACCUUUUCCCGGGAUGUCUGUAGGGAAGGGCUGGACCCCCGGGGUAGUCUGUUGAUGGAGUGGCGAGAACUCAAGGCAGAUUACUACACCAAAAAUGGCUUCAAAGACCUGAUCAGCCACAUUUGCAAGUACAAACAGAGGUUUCCACUCUUGAACAAGAUCAUCCAGGUUCUUAAAGUCCUACCCACUUCCACCGCUUGCUGCGAGAAAGGCCGCAAUGCCCUCCAGCGAGUUCGCAAAAACCACCGCUCCCGCCUGACCCUGGAGCAGCUUAGCGACCUGUUGACAAUCGCUGUAAACGGACCGCCAAUCGCCAACUUUGAUGCCAAGCGAGCCCUGGACAGCUGGUUUGAGGAGAAGUCUGGGAAUAGUUAUGCGCUGUCCGCAGAAGUCCUCAGUAGGAUGUCUGUGCUGGAGCAGAAGCCAGCGCUACAGACCGUGGACCACGGGACGGAGUUUUACCCCGACAUUUAGGAAGAUGGCACUGCAGAGUUCACUAAGCUGUUGAAUAUUUUUUUAAUCUAUACUCAUAAGCUUUGAUAUAUUAUAUAAAUAUAUAUUAUAUUAUA